AUGUUAACAUCAAAAACUGAUUUCAACCACUACCGUCGCCUUUAUUCCCCUAAUCAAAAUAAUAUUAAAAACGAACGUAAAAGAAAAUUUGAAGCAAUACAUAACUCAAUUAAUAGUAAACGAUUAUUUCUGUGCAGAUUAGCGGAAGGUCAAUUAAGCGGUAAAAGUAAACGUUCCGAUUCUCAUCUACAAACAUCAAUUAAGAAUAAUAAUGAUUGCAGAAAUCCAUCAAUUUGUUCGAUGGAUACAUUAUCUCAUUUAUCUGAACUUGAUCAAUUAUUACCAAUCAUACAAUAUGUUGUAAUACGCUCUGGAAUUAUGUAUUUAGAUGCUGAAUUGGAUUUUAUUGAACAUUUAGUGCCGAGACGUUUAUCACUUCAUGGACUAUUACCUUAUCUAAUGAAUACAUUACAAGCAUGUUAUAAUCAAAUUCUAAAUAAAGGAAUUGCAAAUAACUGUCUAACUUUUCAACUUGAACACUACAAAGUAUCUAUAGUUUGUCAAGAUUUCUUGGAACCCAAUAAUUUCAAUGAAUAUACAAAUACCCCCAAUUCAGGCGAUCAUCAUUUAUCCAUUGAUGAUUCAUUAUCCGUAUUAAGUGAAAUGAAUACCAAUGAGCAUGACAAUGGUUCUAUACAUCAGAACAAUACUAUUGGUCAUCAAAUGAAUGAUACAUUCUUAGCACAUUUAAUGAAUACGAAUUUGCAAAUUAAUUCAGAAUUUGUUGAAAGAUCAGAUUCAUCAGAUAUAUUUCAAUGUCAAAUACGUUUAUUUCAUUUUUGGUAUCCUCAAUGGUCAUUAGAACAACGUGUUCAAUUAGUUAAUAAUUUAAAAGAUAUACAAUUAAAAUCAUUAAACGGAAUUUCGUAG